UCGCAGGCCUUUUGGGUGCAUGAAAGCACGUUGGAAAGGGCUUUGAGGCGUGCCGAGAGAAAGCCCUGUGGGAUUGCAGCGCCGAGAGAAAGCUCUGUGGGAUUGCAGCAUAGCGUGGGCCCAACGUCGCCCGAGGGGGAUUCCCCAUUCCGCCCCUUUUCACGCCCGACGCCGCAGAGGUCACGCGCCGGAAUUGCCAAAGCUGAUUAAGAGAAGCACCAUUCCUGGAAAGACCAAAAAACAAAACAAAAAAACACGGCUUGUGCCAGCGAAAAUGGAGAAGAAAGCAAAGGGGAUUCAUCCCCCGUUGCCAGUAAGGUGUAAUUUUCUGCGCACCGGCUUCCUUGCCAUGUGUAUUUUCCUGGGUAUUUGCGCCGGAGCGCUGAUGGGGAGUUUUGCCUGCGUACAGUGUGAGGAAUCCCUCCACGACGUCCCACCAGCAUGGGAACAUCCGAGCGGCCAAACCAAGGGCCCAUCUAGCCCGGCGUCCCGUCUGCUGACAGCGGCCAACACCAGCCACACGCUCCUGGACUGCGGGGAGCAGACCACUGCCUGGGGGAGAUCCGAAGCUGAGACGACGGAAAAAGAACAACAGCAGAGCUCCUCCGAAGACUACGGCCCGGCCGGAUCCGCGCCAGCCCCCGGGGAAGUGACGAAAGAUCGACCGAGCCAGGCGAGUACCCGGGAAUCGGCUUUUUCGGGACAGGCCCGACAGAGGAAAACCAGGACCCAACCGUCACCGGCCGCCCCCGACUCCGACCCCGGUUCCCCGCCCCCAAACCCGAGCUGA